CUUUUUUCCAAAUCUUUUUGAACUUGAACAGCAGCUACAGGUACAGAAAACGCAUACCACUGUGUCCGUAGUUUGUUUAAACCUACCACACACAAAUGAGAUUAAAAUGAAUAUGAUAAAUUGCCAUACGUAUAUUUCAAGGCAAAGUUUGGCAAGGUGUGCCAAUGUCUUCAUUUAUGUGUCGGAAUAUGCCACUAAGAACGUAAAAUCAUUAUUAUCUAAUGUACGAAAACAUGGUCAACUAAUUAACCCAAGACAAAUUCUAUGAACACCACACAUACAUACAACUACAUAGCUACGGCAGGGAGAGAAUGAUGUACAAGUCAUAUUGUACUAUGAAAACACUUGCACUUAUAGUUAAGCGUAAUCAUCGGAAACUUUUCAAGUACGAAAUGGAAGACAAAUAAAGAGAAUGACGUCUGCAAACCUCUACACGUAGAUAGAUAACAAAUUUGAAGCUCCCACGCUGCCGUCCGCGUGCCACAAAUAAAUACAGUACACAAGAGAUCUUCAAACAAGUAAUGUACUCACGUAGCCACGCAUUUGCUCCCCAAGGAUCCCCACAACACUCUAUUUUGUAGACGUGGAGUCUAGGCUUGGAUGUCUUUUCGUGUGAGGGUAAUUUCAACGCUGAAGAACAUACUUCAAUCAAUACAACUAGACAAACGCGACGCCACGCAAUUCUGAAGCGUUAUUCUCAGGUGGCCUCGACCAAAAAUAUUGCGGCUAGAGACACCAAAAGUACCUUAGGUCCCGGACACUUACUCUGUGUAAUAGGUGCUCCCGCCCGCACAUGUUAUAGGGUGCGUUUUUUCGAGUUUUUUUUUCCUCCAAAAUAUUUGAAUAAUUCGAAAACGGUUUUGUGGCCUGUCGGCCUCUUUCCCCAUGGAUACUCAAUCAUUAGUUGUGACGUUACGAAGCCAGAGUAAAUAUAUUCACCAACCUGAUCAUACUAUGUAAGGAAGCAAAUAUACAUCAUACUCAUAUCACCUCGUCCACUGAUCCUCAUGAGCAUACAAAACUAGCGAUCAGAUUUUGUGUGUCUGCCCUUUUGUCGGAAAUAAUAUUUACUACUCAUCUACAUUCCAGAAUGUGCUGAUGUAGCACCUUUCCUCUUCAUUUUGAAAUAACUUCAGCCAGUGUGUUUGAGUGUUAUAGCUAUUUUAUGUUUCGAUGCCUUUUAUUCCACAAUCACGAAUUCAGAAUGUUCUGAAAAGUCAUCUAAAGCCAUCAAAAGUAAUAACUUUUAUAAUGUAUGGAUAUCAUGGACACUUUCAGUUGAAUCAAGCAUCCUCCAGUACCCGUUUUUUGAGGUACGUUAACACGUUAUGAGAUUUGGAUGGUCCUCAGAACUUGUUGAAAGGGAGAGUAACCAUUGAGCUCUGUUAAGUAGUCUACUUGGCUGUCGGACAAGUUUUCAAGUGCAAGAAGGUUUUUUUUCUGAUGUGAAGAUUUUGAGAAUAAAAGGGACCGAACCAGCGGAGGUUUCUACACCGCAUUCUGAUCAUCAAACCGACGUCAACUCCGCCGAGCCAGAAGAACCCGCCACCAUGAGCCUGCUGCAGAUCCUCCUCAUCGCCUCCUGCUGCUGCCUGUUUGCGUCAGGCAUGAUGCCUAUUACAGGGUUCUGCCAGACUGACGCAGACUGCAUUGACGCCGACGGAGACGACAUCUCCUGCUGCGCGCAGUGGAACGUCAAGAUGCCCAUCCGCGUGUGCAAGAGCCUCCGAAAGGAGGGUCAAAUCUGCAAGGUCAACUCUCCAUCCUUCCCUCUCCUCUUGCGCCCGCGCAACAGCUUCCUGUGCCCCUGCCACGGCGGCUCCGAGUGCCAUCCGCUGGAGGGGAAGUACCGCGUCGGCAAGUGCAAACGAGGAGAAUCGUCAGUCUAGGAACGAUCUCACGUUGCACGGUACAGGCUGCUAGCUACUGAUCAGAUAAUCCUAUCAUUGUAAGGUUAACAUCUGUUUCGACGACAGGUUAGCGGUGAAAUUAAGAGCUAGAAGUUUAUCUAUGUUAUGAUAAACACAUGCAAACGAAUGUAUUGAGUUUUUGGGGUCUUACAUAAGCUUCUAUGUAUGCUGCAAUCAAUGCUCAAGUAAUUGUGUCGGUUAUCAAUGUCCGUGGUUGAUAUAGAUACAGCAGUAAGACGUAUAGAACAAGUCUCUGUAAAAUAAUGUGAAAGUGUAGAAAUGACAAGGUAAUAAUGAAAUUAAAGAAUUAUGCUGCGGAAAGAAUGUACAUAAUCUAAAUUAUAUGCCACAGCUAGGUAUGGUGUUUAAAGGCUAUUUAUAUGUGAAACUGCAACUGAAUGUUUUUAUAUCAAUGCUUUGCAUGACCAUGACAAGACCUUACUGAUAAGAGUGUUCCAGGUUUGUGUACAAUGUGAUUUAACGUUGCCUUUAUUUGAAUUGCAACAACACAAUACAACGUAGAACAUCAGAUACGAGUGAAAUGCUGCUGUCCUUAAUGACACAUCACAAAACAUAUCAAUUAGAAAGAAAGCUCGCAACAAGUAGCUCUCAGAUGUGAUCCUUAUUGCACAUAUGAUUACGUCGUGUUGUUUUGCGUAUUUGUAACCUGUUGCGCAGUAAGCAUUAAAGGGAAGUCAUGUGGAAAUGAUAUCUGCCUCUGUGGUUUGCUUUCUUGACGCACUUUACCAAGUACAGCCACUUUAUGACGUUCCGCCACUUUAUCAAGUACUAGCCGAGCUCGAGCCUCUAGGGAUUUUCUCAGUACUUUGAAUCUCCACUAGUCAGCUAGGGCAAUUAGAGCACUCAACAACCUUGGAUUCAACAACCAUGCUCAUUCUACUCUCUACGAGAUAUUUCAG